AUGACCCCACUUCCUCCAGUCAUUGUUUACGUUCUGGGUGGUUGGGAUUUAGGUAUUUGCGGGGAUCUCCUUCUACAGGGUGUCAUUUUCGCGCAAAUAUCGCACUACUUCACUCUCUAUCAUUCUGAUGUACCCGCCCUCCGCCUGUUCGUCUAUGGUCUCAUACUGCUCACGACGCUGAAGUCGAUGCAAAUGAUCGGCGUUCUAUGGGUUCAGAAUGUCAUCCACUUUGCCGAUCUCAAUGCAGCGGCGUUAAUGUUUCGCACCCACUGGCUUGAACAAAUCAGUCUAGGCAAUGAGCAAUUGUCCAAUCACUUUCAUAUAUUCAUCUCUCACACUAGGCUUUGGCGCCUGCAUAUCCUUUUAUGUGCAUUUGUUUCUCUGUCACCGUCUUUGGGUUUGCAGGUUCUUUGUAAAAACAUCUACAUCGUUGGCACUUUGGUGGCCAUCUUUUGCUUUGCGUUCAUUGCGGUUGUGGUAACGACCGUCUUCACGUUCCGUAACGUUGAAUUGCUGGGAGGCAUCUGGCUUUCCAUCCACAUCGGUGUCGUAUUUGGUGGAGACGUCCUUCUGUGUCUAACGACGGCAUACUUCCUCUUGAAACACUCCAAACAAGUCCUGCCCCAGACUGCAGGAAUGCUCAAUGCAAUCCUCAGACUCACCUUUCAGUCCGCCGCGCCGGGUGCCGUCUGUGCGAUGAUGAACCUCGUAACCUCGCGAACUUCAGUCAAUCCUAGCAAUCCAUUCAACGUCUCCCUUAUGCUCUCCGUCAUAACGAGCAAUCUCCUCCCGAAAUUGUAUGCUUUCAGUGCGAUGUGGACCUUGAAUUCCCGGCGCUCUAUACGCCUUGCCGCUUCGUCGGGCCGGAACACGAGCAGCAACGAAGGGCCAAGUGGGGGGAGGAGAACGGGUGCGAGUGGUGGACGGGGCGUCGAACUGGGGACAUUUGGGGGGGUCCAACGAAUUCAAGUUCGCACGCAAGUCCAAACCACGCAUCAUACGGAUGAAGAUAGUGCGAUGUUCGGGCAAGACGAAGCUGAUAGGAAGGCUCGGGGAAUGGAGGAGGAGGCUAGUCUUGAAACGAAUAAGAGAGGUCUACGUCGAUAA